UCUUCGGCCAUGAUGUUCCACUUGCACUUUUCAGCUCACCACUGCAAUGUAAGACCCUCUGACGGGAGGCUCCCCGAAAGACCAGCGCAACAAACAUGUUAGGGACACUACAGGGGACGAAGUAGUGGUUUAUUGCCUCCUGUGAAUCAACUGAGGAAAAAAUGAGACCUCCGAGGGUACCACUCUCUUCUGAGACCUGACACCUUGUUGGAGUAUGCCAAGUAUGCAGUCUUAAACAGCGUGAAGCAUAUGUUUCAUCACUAGAGUUGUUGAGAAAAGGAGUUGAAACUGGUUCUGGCUGCAUCAGCAAUGUCCUCAAGACUCCGUGAUUUGUCCUCUUUGUAUAUCAAACGCUUAGUGUGACUGCUGAAUUAGAGUUGGAACCACUUUGCCUUAUGUGCCUGCUUGUCUUCCUCACAUGAAGGCUUAGAACCCUGCAUCGCUACGAAGAGUUGUCCUGCUGAUCUGAACCACAGGUGCUGGGCCCACGUUUUGUGCUGCUGUCACUUUAUCUGUGGCUGCAGGCAUGUUUACUGUUGGUGAGGAUUUAUCAAGAACUUUUUGGCAAUCUACGGUGACCUACAGAAAAUUAACAACUCCAUUCCACUGGAGCUGACAUCUCCAAAGUCACUCCUACAGAAGAGCCACUCGAAGUUACCAAGAGAAAACCAGGAAGAGACCCUCCCUUCAUCUUAGGCUUUGUUAUUGUUGCGAUUGUUAUUCUAUUAAUAUAGCCCUUUGGAAAUAACUGCAUCUUCGUCGAAUUGUGCCAUGCCAACCAACCAGUCAUCCCACUGGGGUGGGGCAAGGCUUCGGGCUUCCUCCAAUGCCGAUAGUCCCACCUCUACAACUUCUGUCAGUACAAAUGCCAAGACAGGUGUUGCUACUAAAGUGCCUUUUAAUCAGCCUUCCCUAGAGCUCUCCAGGAGAAGUGAACAAGCCAAACAUCUCUCCUCUAAUGUUGCCUCAUCUGCUUCCCCCUUGAGGCGGACAACAGCGUCUAUGGUUUCUGUAGUAGAGAAUGGGAAUGAGAGUGAAACCACCCUUAGCCAAUUCACCACUGUGCCAGAUGGAUCUGAUAACCUGCCGCAACAACUUAAUGGGAUUAAAAACCCAAACCAGGUACUGGCAACAGGACUGAAGCAAUCUGCUAGCAGCCUCAAAGAGACCAGUGCCACUUCCUCAUUCCCCAAGAGUGACUGUCAACUUGGAUUAAAUGUUAACCCAACAGGCAACAUGCAGAAAUGUAUGUCGUUCCAAGCCUCUGAAACUGCACACGGUUUAGCAGUGAGCAGAAGAACGACUGCCACAGGGGAUGGGCUGUCAGGUUCGGAGCCUCUUUCCUCAGCUUGUCAUCAAGACCUGUUUAUAAAAGGACAGUCCACUCUGCAGAAAACUGACAAGAAGAUGUCUCAGGCUGCAGACUGUUCCUCCCUACCAACAGUGCCUCCUCUAUGCCUCUCUCUCUGUGAACAUCAGGGGGCAGCAUUGGGAAAUGAUGCCUCCAGCACCAACGGCACAAAAGUAGAAAUAAGAAGCAGAGGAGAAACAACAACUACAAGACGGAGCCAAUCUGCAAAAUCAAAAAUAUGCAGUCCGACACAAAACAGUUGCACAAUAAGUGCUUUAAACAAUCAGCUGCAGGUAAUAGGUGGUCCUCCAGCAAUAGUGGUAGCAACGACAAACUGCAAGCUCAAAACGGUAGUAUUAGUAGAGCGAAACAAGCAGGCCACAGGCAGUCAAUGUCCACAGGGAAGAUGCUUGCCCACAUGCAGAAGUAUCAGCCCUGCAGCAGCCAGUCCCUUUCCAAACAGCCCCAUGCCAACUGUGCUCAGUGCCAAUGUCAGUGCCGCUCAGGAGGAGCAGAGGACACUACCGAAUGCCAUCACAGCUGUGGCCUCCAGUCCCGCAGGAGCCAUGGUGGGCUCUGUGACAUCUCAGAUCUCUGCCAUCCACAUAACGAGGCAGGGACCGCCGGUCUCUACGUCAUCUCCACUCCCUUCCUCACCCUCACCGACAGAAGAGGGCCCGGUUGGAGAGACUGAACCAUCUGGCCAGGAUUGUGUUAUGCAGCUGGAUGGAGCUGAAGAGGAGCUGGUUGAUGACGAGCUGGAAAAUGACUGUAGUGAUGAUGAUAAUUCCGACUGUUCGUCCAUCGCUUGCACCUCGUCAAAAGCAUCCAUCGCACUACUUUCUGGUGUUGAGGAGCAGAUGUCAUUGGAGGCGGACGAUGAACGAGAGGAGAGGCCAGCAUUGGUUCCCAGUUUUUUCCCUCAAAUCCCCCCAACACUGUACUUCAGCACUGCCAAUGAGAAAGUGGAACUGCUGCCAGCUGAACAAAGACGACUGUUAAAAUGGAAGAUAAGCAACGUCACUCCAAAUAUUGUCAAACACACCAUCGGCAGGUCCCACUUCAAGGCUACGAAAAAAAGCCAUGACUGGUUGGGCUGCUGGGGACACCACAUGAAGUCCCCUGGCUUCAAGGCUCUCGCAGAGCACCAGAAGUUGAACCACUUCCCGGGAACGUUUCAGAUCGGCAGAAAGGACCGGCUGUGGAGGAACCUGUCCAAGAUGCAGGCUCGCUUCGGCAAACAAGAGUUCAGCUUUUUCCCCCGCACCUUCGUCCUUCCUCAGGACAUCAAGCUGCUACGCAAGGCCUGGGAGGACGUUGGCUCCCGGCAGAAAUGGAUCAUCAAACCCCCUGCUUCAGCGCGAGGAAUCGGUAUCCAGGUCAUCCACAGAUGGGGCCAGUUGCCCCGCAAGAGACCACUGCUGGUCCAGAAGUACCUUCACAAGCCCUACCUCAUCAGCGGGAACAAGUUUGACCUGCGGAUCUACGUCUACGUGUCAUCCUACGACCCGCUCAGAGUUUACAUUUUCUCUGAUGGACUGGUUCGAUUCGCCAGCUGCAAGUAUUCGUCUUCCAUGAAGACUCUGGGUAACAAGUUCAUGCAUCUGACCAACUACAGCGUCAACAAGAAAAACUCUGAGUACCAGAGCAACAGCGAUGACAAGGCCUGCCAGGGGCACAAAUGGGCGUUGAAAGCCUUGUGGCAGUAUCUGGGUUCCAAAGGAGUCAACACUACUCUGAUCUGGGAGAAGAUCAAAGACAUAGUGAUCAAAACAAUCAUUGCGUCCGAACCGUACGUUAACAGUCUGCUGAAGAUGCACGUCCGGACACCUUACAGCUGCCACGAGCUCUUCGGCUUCGACAUCAUGCUCGAUGAGAAGCUCAAACCCUGGAUCCUGGAGGUCAACAUAUCACCAAGUCUUCAUUCCAACACAGCGCUGGAUGUCGCAGUUAAAGGUCAGAUGAUCAGGGACCUUCUGAACUUGGCUGGCUUCCGUAUUCCCCAGAAAGAUGACGUGCUCACCCCCUGCAGUAGUGCCUCCAGCUCCACAACCAGCCUGUGUGGAGGAAACAGAGAAAGGACCAAACCUGAUCUGUCUGCCGAUGAGAAAGUCAAACGGGCCUUUUACCUCACCCAGCGCUACGCCGACCAGGACUUCCUCUCUACAGUGUUAGAUGUCUUGACACCAGAGGACGUGUGUAUGCUCACCGAGAGUGAAGACGAGCUGUCUCGGGCCGGACAGUUUCAGCGAAUCUUCCCAUCACAGUCGUCGUCCCGCUACCUUCGCUUCUUCGAGUGUCCCAGAUACCUCAACGUACUGCUCGACCAAUGGGAGCGGAAGUACUGGAACAACAGGACAAAGGGUAUCGGUCUGCUGUCAACUCUCUGCGAGAAAGGAGUUCAUCUGGGAACCAAUGACCCUGCUCAUAUGUGGUCCAAGAGUAGCUACAUCUCGAUGUUUGAACCCGGCAAACAAGACCUCAUCAUCCCAUCCAGAUCAAGGGUGGUGGUCACCCAUCAGAACCGCUCCCAGCACGUUGAAGAAGAUGACGGUUCAGACAGGGAGACUUCUUCAGUCUCCAGCCUGCCGGUUUCAUCCAGUCCUGGGUCCAGUGUGAGCAGUAGUGCCUGCGCUAGCCCUCAGCCCUGCCUCGCCCACAGCCUGCUGCCCCAGCACUUUGCUUCGCUCUGAGACCCGGUUUGCCAACGCCAUGCUCAGUACCCAGAACAGACCCAAAGCUCAGGGUGUAGGACUUAACCCGUACCUCUCCGCAAACAUGCUUCUAUUGAUCUUUUAUCAAAUAGCUCUAAAGAUGAAAAUGUUUACUUUAAAACGUAUAAGCUUGAAGUCCAGUCUUACCUAACACUGUAGAAGGGAGUGGCUUUUGUUUUUUAACAGAUUUUUGGUUUGCUAUCGUAAGUAUGAACUAAUAUUUAGUGUUGAAAUAGAGGAACCCUUUGAAUGUCUGCUAUUUCAGUGCUAAAAUACAACCCCUUAAAGACCAUAGCAGUGUUGAGGUCAAUUUUCUUCAAAUCAGUAAUAUGCCAACUUAAGUUCAACUGUAUUGUAAGCUUUUUAGCAGACAGUGAUUUCCAUUGACUCUUUGGUUAAUGAAGAUUGUCCAGCAGAAACUUGAACCAUGCCUGACAUUUUAAAUUACAUUUUUUCCACCUAAUUUGUCAAUUUUCCAAGCAGACAUUAGUCAGUGUGUUACCUGCAUCUCGGCAGUGUUACUAAGACGCUCAUUAAGGCCUCGUUAGAGACUUGAUACUGCAUUUUUUUAAAGUGCAUUUACGCAGCAGAGGUUCCACAGAAACCUGUAAAAUACAAAACAAAAAAAAAGUUUGGCACAGUCCAACUCUGCCUCAAAGCUGCGUCAUCUGGCAAGGCAAUGCAAUCGAUGCUCUUCUGGUAGAUGCUCUUCUGUUUUGACCAAAAUGACCGUCAAUGUUUUCAAAGUCAUCUUAAGGGAUUAGAAUCCACUGCAGUGCUGGACUUAAGAUAAGUAUUAUAACUCAUGGAUAUAUUACUCAAACUGGACGGUACUUCAUCCUCUCACUGGCUCCACUUUGCCAUUGUUUGCUGAAUACCUGCUUAAACUGUGAAUAAGACACACUGGGCUUCCUCACAACCUCCACUACAAAGCGAAGUUAGCACAGGCGGUUGGUUUGUGGGUUUUAUGCACUUUCCUUAGCUAAAUUAAACCUUAAAAACCGACUCUACCUUACAGGAAACAGUAAUUAUGGCACAAUACUGUUAUCUCUCAAAUGUCUUGAAUCUCACACUGUUGUUGAUUUGGUGUUAAGAGCACUCUCGAGGAUCUGAUCGCACACGAAUCACAUUCCCAGCCUUAUGGGUUCUCUUGUUUGUGUGGAAAUGGAGAGGUGUAGAAAAAGGGCUCUCGGACAAAUAAAGGGAAGAGAUGGGAGUUGGAUAAAUACAGUCUGAUCUCACCAGACUCUGCAUGGUGUGCUGAGAUCUGUGCAGCGUAUUUCAAUCAUCUUAUCUGUCGGUACUUGAUUUGAUUUCCACUGGUUGAUGGUGUUACUGGUGUGUUUAACCAAACUUCAUUUUGAUUAAUGGUGUUAAUUAACAGGAUGUUAUAGAUACUUGAAGAUGAUACUUUGAUUACUUGGUCUGACGUGAGUUGUUAGACCAAAAAGAAGUUAAUAUAUCCAACAAUUGUGAUUUUAACUUUGUCAUAUUGAAGUCUUCUAAUAAGUACUAAUUUGACUUUUAAAAAGGGCUUUGGUUUUUGUGAACAUAACGUGUACACAAAUGAUAGUAUAGAGAAUAAUAUAGAGUAUUUCUUAAAAGAUGCGUUCUCCAGUCAGAACUGGUUAAAGAUCUUAAAGCUGUUGCUGUCACAUGAAAACGUUUACUUCUCUUUGACCUCUUAACGUAAGUGGAUAUUUGAAAUUCUCCCAAAAAGUAAUUACGACUGUUUUACAUCCAAGUGGUCAAUAUUUAUGACAUACAUAUUUAUGCUGUCAGAAGUUACCAUAGAAUUAAAGAUGCGGAGAACUGGUCGACAGAACAUUUAAAUAACCAUGCAUUAGAACAGUGUUUUCAUAUAAGAGAAGUAUUAUAGGUAAGUGGAGAAUACAUAUAUUGUAUAAGGGAAACAUCAUAUUUUUUACUAAUUUGAAAAUUGUAAAAUUCCUGUGUUAAAGGGCUGUAUCAAUUGUUCAAAAUGACAAUUCAAAUAAA